CGAGCGGUUCAAUAUGAGCUACGGAACGCGAAUUUUAUAACCUCUUUGCGUUGCCUAACUUUAUUUUUGGGGAAUUGCAAUAGUUAUUUAAUUUACAUAUAAAUAGCCGCUUUUACCAAAGCAAAAUGAGGCUUAACUAUGUAUUAUUUGCGGGCCCCACGCAGAAGUGUGCCAGAAGGCCGCAGAGAGAGCCAGUGCCGUUUCAAAUGUUAUUACCACUACAGUUGAAGAAAACAGUUUCAGGAAAAGGAGACCAGCUCAAAGAAGCAGCUUGUAUGCAAGAAAUGGCUGUUAUGUUCGCUUGUUUCAAGAAGUCAGAGUUCGACCAGGUACAGUGCUUGAAGGAAGUGGCAGCAUUCCAAGGAUGUUACAAGGAGUACAGUGAAAGAAUGAAAACUCAGCGAGAGCAGGGAAAGAAAGGUAUCCUCGUACCAGGAGAGAAGAAACUAACCCACAGACAACUGAAUCAGCUAUUAAAGGCUUUCCCGCCGAAAAAAUAAUACUUUAAUUCAUGAAUAGGUAGUGUUUGUAUUUAUAAAUUUAAUUAUAGAAAUAGUUUAUGUUAAA